AUGGAGCUUCGAAUAUCUGAAUCUUCGAUGGAAAUCACUGAAUCUUCAAUGGAGCUUCGAAAUCGAAUUGGAGUUUCUUAUUAUGAUUCAAGUGUUCGCCAACUCUAUGUGCUGGAAGUUUGGGAAGAUGGUAGUGUGGAUUUUCCUCUAAUUGAUAUGGUAAAAUUUCAAGCCAAGCCCCUGAUCAUUUACACAAGCACUAAAAGUGAGGAGUCCUUUUUGACCGCUUUACAGCGAAAUGAUGGAACAUGUGAGGCUUCUCUGAAGCUUGUGAAAAGUUCAAUAUUUAGCUAUGAGCAAGCAUGGCACAGAUUGAUAUACCUUCGAGUAACAGGGAUGGAUGAUGGGUUAAGCAUCAAGGAGAGAAUUUGUUUUCUGAGUUCUAUGAUGGACAUCAGAAGUGAUGUCCAAGUUCAUGUGAGUGGAGGGCUUCUGGCCAUAUUG